UUGAGUUCCCUAAUAAACAUGUUUAUGUAGGUUACAAAUCAUUAUCGGCGAUGAUCCGUAGAGCUUUUCCCCAAAUUAUAAUUGACUGACGCUUCGAAAAUGCGUCUGCCUGUCCGGCGGAACCCUAUUCCCGAUGAGAGCUUCCUGGCAAUGCUAAACAGCGUUGCGAGGGGUAGUCAGAGCUGGUCCCUCGCUCUCGACAACCCCUCCAUUUCCACGCGUCUCACCGCCCGCCACAUCGAGUCCUUCAUCCUCCGGAAUCUCCACGACUCCAGGUUAGCUCUCCGCUUCUUCAAUUUCCUCGGCCUUCACAAGAAUUUCCGCCACUCUACGGCCUCGUUUUGCCUCCUCGUUCAUUCCUUAGUCCACUCGAAACUUUACUGGCCGGCGACCUCGCUUUUGCACACCCUCCUGCAGAGGGAUGACUCUCCGGCUUUCGUGUUUCGCAAUUUCUUCGAUUCUUAUAAAAGAUCCGAUUUUUCUUCGCCCUACGGAUUUGAUUUAUUGCUGCAAAGUUAUGUUCAGAGUAGAAGGGUUCUGGAUUCGGUUGUUGUUCUCAGAUUGAUGAAGGAAUGCGGUUUGCUUCCGGAGGUGAGGACAAUUAGCGCGGUGUUGAAUGGAUUAAUAAGAGUGAGGAGAUUUGAGAUGGUGCUUGCCUUGUUUGAUGAAAUGCUUGUGGAUUCAGGGUUUGUUGCUGAUGUGUAUGUCUAUGCUGCUGUGAUUAGGAGUUUGUGUGAGUUGAGGGAUUAUGAUAGAGCCAAGGAAAUGAUCGGUUUGAUUGAGGGGAAUGGAGUGAAGUUGAAUGUGGUUAUUUACAAUGUGUUGAUUCACGGGCUGUGUAAGGGUGGGAGAGUCUUGGAGGCUGUUGAGAUUAAGUAUUCGUUGAGGUUUAAAGGCAUGAGAGCCGAUGUUGUAACAUAUUGUACGUUGGUACUGGGGGUGUGUAGAGUGGAUGAGUUUGGGUUGGCAAGAGAGUUGGUGGAUGAGAUGGUAGAGUGUGGGAUUGUUCCUAGUGUGGAAGCUUUGUCUAGUGUUAUUGAUGGAAUGAGGAGAAAAGGGGAAAUUGGCGAUGCUUAUGAUUUGAUUGAUAAGGUGGAGAAACUUGGGAAAAUGCCUAAUUUAUAUGUUUGCAAUGCUAUGGUUCACUCAUUGUGUAAUAACGAAAAGUUAGAGAAAGCAAAGUUGCUUGUUAUGAAGAUGGAGGAGAAGGGUUUGAUCAUAAAUGAAGUGAGUUAUAACAUUUUGAUCAACUCAUUAUGUAAAAGUGGGAAACUGGAUGAAGCUGCCAAUUUUCUUGGUAAAAUGCUCAGUGCAGGGAUAAAGCCAACAGUUUACACUUAUAACAUGUUAAUUAGUGGGCAGUGCAAGUUGGGGAAAUUGGAAGCAGCUAAAAAACUUUUUCUUGAGAUGAAUGAAAUAGGAUUGAGUCACACUGUUGUAACAUACACUUCUUUGAUUCAUGGUUACUGUAAGAAAGGAGAUUUGGACAAGGCAUUCCGUUUAUAUCAUGAGAUGACUGGGAAAGACAUUUCACCUAAUGUGCAUACGUUCACUGCACUGAUCUAUGGUCUUUGUAAUGCAAAUAUGAUGGAUGAAGCAUAUAAAAUGUUCAGCGAAAUGUCGGAAAUGAAUGUUGCUCCAAAUGAGGUAACAUACAAUGUUCUGAUAGAAGCAAAUUGUAAAGUAGGCAACAUAGCAAAAGCUUUCAAGCUGUUCGAUGAGAUGGUGAAGAAGGAUCUUACACCAGACUCAUUUACGUACAGGCCUCUGAUCUAUGGGCUUUGUUCCACAGGUAGAGUAUCUGAAGCAAAAGAAUUUAUGGAUCGCCUAAAUGAUUUGAACGAGUUUUGUUAUUCUGAACUGAUGCAUGCAUAUUGCAAGGAGGGACGACUGGAGGACGCACAACGUGCUCGUGAUGAGAUGGAGGAAAGAGGUAUUAACAUGGAUCUUGUAUGCUAUGCUAUAAUUAUUCAAGGGAUUCUUGAUCAGAAAGACUCAACAUUAGUGAUUAAAAGUUUGAAGGAAAUUCAUGACCGUGGACUAAGGCCUGAUGAUUUUAUCUAUACUAGUUUCAUCGACAAGUAUGGAAAAACUGGUGAUCUUGCAAUGGCUAUGGCUCAUUGGGAUCUUAUGAUUAGUGAAGGCUUUGGCCCAAAUGUUGUGACAUACACUGCAAUGAUUAAUAGCCUUUGUAAGGGAGGAUUGGUGAGGAAAGCAGAGGUUCUGUUUAAGGAAAUGUUGGUUAGCGGUAUAUUUCCAAAUGAGAUCACACACGGAUGCUUUCUUGAUCAUCUUACCAGAGAAGGGAAUAUGGAGGAGGCUAAACGGCUACAUAAGGCUAUGCUCAAAGGUUUCCAUGGUAGCACAGUGAGUUACAAUAUGCUCAUUCGAGGUUUCUGCAAGUUGGGCCGAAUUCAGGAAGCUUCACAGACCCUAACUGAAAUGUCAGCUAAUGGUAUUUCUCCAGAUUGUAUUAGCUACUCAACUAUCGCACAUGAGUAUUGUAGGAGAGGUAAUUUGCAAGCAGCCUUCAGUUUAUGGGAAUCAAUGUUAAACAAUGAGAUUGAGCCUGAUGCAGUUGCUUAUAACUUGCUAAUACAUUCAUGCUGUGUUGCUGGAGAGUUUAGUAAGGCUUUUGAGUUUCAUAAUAGUAUGGUGAAAAGAGGUCUGAAGCUGACUCGGGCAACAUAUGCAUGUCUCAUGCAACAGACGCGCGUUCAAGAAUCGCCAUUUGAGCCGCAGGCGGGACAAUCUGUUGUGGAUUGAUCUCAUGACAGAGGUAAAUUUAAUUGUACAACACAGAACGUCAGAAGAAACAAGGUGAAGUCAUGUUUAAAAAUUUCUUCUUAUUGGUUUUAUAGUUGAUAUCUUUUAACCAAUAUAAUCUCCUGUUAAUUACAUAAAAA